UAACGGGCCAGUCGAUUUUCACAAUGUCUGGCAAUCCAUCCGACUCCAAGGGCCAAGUCUCUUCUGGCUCAGAGCCCCAGUUCACAAGGCAGAAACGCAUGAAGUUCGAAAAUGGCCAACUCGUAGAAUACUGGAUCGAUGUCCCCGUCGAGAAACCGAAACCUGUCGAGAAGCCGAAAGGCCCGAUGGAGCUCUUCAAGGAAUUCAAGUUCGACGAGGACAUCUCGCUCGGCUCCAUCUUUCCCAGUCUAAACGGGACCGACUUCGAUGCCCUCACCAUGAAGAACACGUCUAUGAUCUGGCUUGGCCGGGAUGCCUCAGCGCUCAAGAAAGCUGGGCUGUGGUUUGAGACGGAUGUUGAGUUCCGUGGCUUGUUGCAACCCAUUCACGACGUCCUCCGUGAUGUCUUCGCUCAAGAACAGCCCGGCCUGCAUCUCUCAGCACACCUGGGCAUCCAACAGGAUUACAGCGACGAUCUCAUUGCAACUGGCUUCACCUUCAAAGGGAGUAUCAACGGCAUCAACCGUGGCUUUGGCGAGUUUCUCACUUUCCGCAACGCUGGUGUCGAGCUCAACGUUGUCCCGAGUAAAGGUGUUGAUCUUGAGACCAUGUGGGGGUUCUUUGGCACGCUGCACCUGGCCAUCCCCAACUCGGUGGUGCCCCUUGUUCUGGAGUACAAGCUUCAGCCCAAGGCAGAUUCUCUGGAUAUAGCUAUGAACUUUGGCGGAAGUGAGAAGUGGGAGAGUGUCUUUGGCGUCUCAGGUCUUGAUCUCGACAAAGUCACCUUUGGGACUUCAAUCAUCAAGUCGGACGUUGGGAGGACCUUGGAGUUCUCUAUUCUGUCAACCUGGAAUCUCGGUGGCGUUGUUGUUGAGCUGAGUGGCCACGUCAAGAAAUCCGGCUCGCUCCUCCGCGGAUACAUCAAGACGCUGACAAUGGAUGACAUCCGCCGGCUUUUCAACACCAUGACGGGCUCCAACCUCGACCCUGUGGAGCAGGAUGUCCGCUUUAGCGAACUGACCGUCGAGAUAUCUCAAGGGCGGCUGGUGUUGUACGGCGAGGUCUGGGUUGACUCAUACAAGGUCGCAGCCGCUGAGGUUCUCAUUUCGGUCGACGGUGUCAUGAUAUCCGGUGCUGUUGACGACCUUCACAUUGGUGAAGAUGUUUGCAUCAAGCAAGCCGGCUUGGAGUUGAUCAUUGGUAAUGUGAACCCGCCCAAACCUCCUUCUCAAGACCACGCGGAAAAAGGAAAGGAGGCCACAGGGGGAACUCAACUGCCGCCUUCCAGCAUGAAAGGAGUUCCGGGACAAUCACCAGCUCAGAAAAAAGGAACCCCUGUUGCAGCCGUAAUCCGCGGCGAUGUCGAGGUCCAUACUGGCGACGCCAACCUCAACUUCAAAGUCGCAGCCGCUAUUACAAAGUCUGCUGACGGCCCACUCAACUAUUUCGUGUACGGCCGGCUUGACUGUGAGAACGUCAGUAUCGGCAAGAUGCUGGGGGGUGCCAUGGGAGAUGACCACCCUAUGGAUCUGCAGCUUGACUGCGUGACACUGGUGGCGGCGAGUAAGGACAUUUCUAACGAUUACGGCCUGAAUACGGCGCGGUUCCCGAUCAAGGAAGGAAUCUUCCUUUGCGCUGAACUAAAGUCGGUUCCGUUUGUUGGUGACUUGUGCAAGGGCACAUCGCCAGAGGACAGGUACAUCCUCCGUGCUGGAUAUUCCAAGAAGGGCGGUCUCAGCGUCGGUAUCAUCUUGCCUGAGAGCAUUCGAAUCGAGCUAUCUCCCACCGUGGUGUCCGGGCCAUUGACACUCAUCAUUGAAACUCAGCCCGAGUUGCGUGUACUCUUCCAAGCUACACUUUGGGUCACCCCCGAAGGCGAGGAGAAGCCUCUCCAGCUCGACCUUGGCGUGGCGGCCAACAACCUGCAGGCCGCAGCUUAUGCCCAGAUGUCUGGCUGGUGGAAGAACCCCUUGGGUUUGAGUCCUAGGCUCAAGAUUGGUCCCCGCCUAACCCUGGAAGUCGAGAUUGUUUACGAACAGUUCCUCGCCACAGGAACACCAUCCGGCAUGGGCUUCGAAGGCGGCUUCGUCGUCGACGAGGUGGACGCCUACGCGCUCGCCAUCAAUCUCGGAACCAACCCCAAGGAGACGCUAGUCAAGCUUCAAGCAACCCGCUUCGAAUCCAGCCAAGUCAUCAACCUCGUCAACGCGGCAGCAGACCUAGACAUCGACAAGCCCGACCGCGAGAUCAUUCGUUUCCAGGACGUCAACGUCUACGCCAGUCCGCUCGGCUGCAUCAUCGGCACACAGGUUUACCCCCCUGGCUUCGUCGUGCAGGGCAAAGCCUUCAUUCUUGACAAAAAGGUCGAGAUUGACUGCCGAAUCGGUAGUGAAGGCCUCAAGCUCAAGGGGGAAAUCGAAGGCUUCACCCUUGGUCCUCUUGUAAUCCGGGGCGGGAAGCGCGCUGAUGGCACUCAGGGAGAAAAUGCCUUCAUUGACUUUGAGAUCACCAAAGAGCGGCAGUGUUUUGAGCUCAGUGGGAGCGUGGCGCUCUGGGAUCUUGAGGCUGGUGUGUUUGUCAAGGCACAGAUCAUGCCUGAUCCGGAGCUUGAGUUCAAUUUUGAACUGGCGUGGAGUGAUCUCAUCAAGUUUCAGGUCGAUGGCAAGCUCAUCAAGCCUGAGCCUGCUGACAGGGAGUUGGAGAAGGGCGGUGCUAGUGCCAAUACCGGCGCUUUGGCAAACCUUGAAGAUGCCGAUUUCCAACUCCAUGCUUUGAUGGAGCAGCGGAUCCUGACAGAGAUCUCGGAAGCGAUGCAGAAGUGGUUUGCAAGUGCUCAAGCGUCGGUUGACCAAGGUAUUGAGGAGGCCAAACGCAAGGUGGACGAGGCAAAGCUUGAAUUUGAGCGUAAAUGCGAGGAGGCCAAGCAAGAGGUGAAAAGAACGCAGGCCAAGUUUGACGCUGCCAUGGAGGCGGCCCAGGCUGAUCUGCGAGCGGAAGAGGAAAAGUGCCGCCGGGAGCAGGUUGAGAACGAGCAGUACAUCCUGGAGGAAGAGAAGCGUGCCGAUGAGCACAUUCGCCAAGCUGUUGCUGUCUUGGAGGGGAAGAAACGGGAUUUCCAGGAUGACAUGGACGGCAAGAAGCGUGAUCUUGCCCAGAAACGGCGCGAUGGCGAGGAAGCCAUCAAUGGUAAGAUUCGUGAUCUCCAGGGAUCGCGGGAGAAGCUCCAGAGGGAUUUCGGCAACGCUAUUCAGGCGUUGGAGAGUGCCAGGGCACGAGUGAAUGAGGAAGAGUGGCGCGUCGAUCGAGCAAGACGGGACUAUGACGAUGCUGUUGACGACCUUGAUGACGCAGCAUGGUACGAGAAGCCAUUCAAGGCUUUCCGUGUCGGAGUCCUCGGAGCUGAGCUGGCUGUCAUGAAGAUGGCUCUUGGUGCGGCGAAUCUCAUUCUUGAUGGUGCAAGAUUCAUCGUCGAAGGCGUCGCCUACAACAUUGCACUCGGGGCUGUUAACCUGGCCGAGGGUGCUCUCCGUGCCGCCCGCGUCAUGUGGGACGGCAUCAUUGCCGCCGCUCAAGUCGCUGUUGACGGUGUCGUGGCUAUCCAUGCUGCCGGAAUAGAGAUAGCAAAAGGGGCUGUCGUCAUGGCAGAAAAGACUGCUUUGGGGAUCAAGCAAGCUGCAGCAGCGACAAAGGGUGUUCUUUUGGCAGUUCAGGAAAAGAUUUUGGAGGCUGCUCGAGCUGUGGUCAAGGGAGUGGCUGAGGGGAUACACUUCAUUGCUUUCCAGACAGCACUCGCGGCGCUCGACUUUGCACAGAAGAAUACCACAUGGGUCGACAUUGCAAAGGCAGGCCUCGACGCUGCCAAAGCGGUGGCAGCAGCUGUUCUUGCAGCUGGCAAGUGGCUCGCCCAGCGGCUGGCUGACACGCUCAAUAUCGAAUUGGUCGAGCUGACUGGGUCUCUCAAGACCAUCACCAAAGGUGGACCUUUUACCAUCCGGGUUAAGGGUUUCAUUCUGGGCGAGGCCUUUGACUUCCGGGCGACAUGGAGCCCGCGGGAUGUCCUGGGGUUCGUUGUUGGGCUCUGUAAGGAGCUGUGGGACAGGUUCAUGGAGAAUGUGUUGGAGUUGUUUGAGGCGAGCAAGUAA